AUGUCUAACCUAGUUAAUAAACUCUCCGACAAGCUAUCAGGAAAUCGCCACCAUGACCAACAAGGUGACGACUAUGACGACUUCCAAAGUUCUGGACGCGGCGGUAGCUCCAACUACGGCCAAGGCCAGACCGGUCAGCAUAACAGCAACCAAUAUGGUGGCAGCGGUGGCAACUACGACCAGUAUGGUUCCCAAGGUGGCCAGAGUGGCCGUGGAGGCCAACAGAAGUAUGGAGAGAACUACACCGGUAGCGGUGGAGACAGUAACUUCUCUGACGACUUUGACAACCAAAUGAACGAUAGGGUGAGGAAUAAAAUGGGUGACGAGUACACAAAUGAUGAAUGGAGUGGUAACCGUCACGCUCAGGGAUUUGAUAGCAGCGGCGUGAAAACCAAGGACCAGAAAUGGUGA